UUCUAAAGGACCAAUCACACUCGGUCAUCAGGCCCGUACAUAUCUCAACGCCAUCAGGUGGGGGAUCUCUCUGUUCUCUGAACUGUGGCCCACCUAAUCAUAUCAUGACGAGCUACACAGAUAAAGGGGAGAAGCCCCUAAGGGGAAAGUUUGUCAGGUUUCAUCAUAUCACCUUCUGGGUUGGCAAUGCCAAACAGGCAGCCUCUUUCUACUGUGAUAAGAUGGGCUUUGAGCCUUUGGCUUAUAAAGGCCUGGAGACCGGCAGCAGAGAGGUGGUGUCUCAUGCCAUCAAACAGGAUAAGAUAAUAUUUGUUUUUGAGUCUGCACUGAAUCCAGGAAAUGAAGAAAUGGGAGAACAUUUGAUUAAACAUGGAGACGGAGUCAAGGACAUUGCUUUUCAAGUGGAGGACUGUGACUUCUUGAUCAAGACAGCUAAGGAGCGAGGAGCUGUGAUUGUUAAGGAACCGUGGGUGGAGCAGGACAGCCACGGCAAAGUCAAAUACGCUGUGGUUCAAACGUACGGAGACACGACGCACACACUCAUUGAAUACCUCGGAGCCUACAAAGGCCUGUUCCUGCCCAGCUACAAAGAGCCUCUGUUCGUGGAUCCUCUGUUAGCCAAGCUUCCACCGGCAGGUUUGCACUUCAUUGAUCACAUUGUGGGAAACCAGCCAGAUGACCAAAUGGUGCCAGUUUCAGACUGGUAUCAGAAGUGUUUGUGGUUCCAUCGGUUCUGGUCAAUUGACGACAAGCAGAUCCACACACAGUACAGCGCCCUGAGGUCCAUAGUGGUGACUAACUAUGAGGAGACCAUCAAGAUGCCCAUCAACGAACCUGCCACGGGGAAGAAGAAGUCACAGAUCCAGGAAUACGUGGACUACAACGGGGGUCCGGGUGUUCAGCACAUUGCCCUGAAUACAUCAAACAUCAUUCAAACUAUAACGAACCUGCGAGCCAGAGGGAUGGAGUUCCUCUCGGCCCCUGACACGUACUACGAGACCCUGCGAGCCAAACUCAAAACUGCUAAGAUCACAGUGAAGGAGGACCUUGACCGCUUGCAGGAGCUGAAAAUCUUAGUGGACUUUGAUGACAAAGGCUACCUCCUCCAAAUCUUUACCAAACCUGUGCAGGACAGACCGACCCUCUUCCUGGAAGUCAUUCAGCGGCACAACCAUUUUGGCUUUGGGGCAGGAAACUUCAAGUCUCUUUUUGAGGCCAUAGAGAAGGACCAAGACGCCAGGGGCAACCUCACCGUGCUGUCACCCGAGGGCCAGGCCAAAGCCUUCUACUGAUCCCACCCAAUCAGAUUGUUAUAUGCAUCCAACAACCUCCACAGCUAAAGUGUAUUAAACAUAUAUUAAAGGA